CGGGGCUGCCCAGACGGCGUGCGGGGCCAUGACGACCUACGUGCAACUGAGCACCACAGCCAAGAUGCCCCUCGUGGGGCUGGGCACCUGGAAGUCCUCAGCUGGGCGAGGAAAAGCUGCAGUAAUGGCUGCCAUCGAUGCUGGGUACCGCCACUUUGAUUGUGCUUAUGUGUACCAGAAUGAAAGUGAAAUUGGGGAAGGGAUCCAGCAGAAAAUCAAGGAAGGUGUUGUGAAACGAGAAGACCUCUUCAUCGUCAGUAAGCUGUGGUGCACAUUUUAUGAAAAGCCUCUGGUGAAGGGAGCCUGCCAGAAGACUCUUGCUGACCUGAAACUGGAUUACCUGGAUCUCUACCUCAUGCAUUGGCCUCUUGCAUUCAAGCCAGGAGACGAGCUGUUUCCCAAAGAUGAUAAAGGCAUGUCUAUACCCAGCAACACCGAUAUUCUACAGACAUGGGAGGCCAUGGAAGAGCUGGUGGAUGCUGGUCUGGUAAAAGCCAUUGGAAUCUCCAACUUCAACCAUGAGCAGAUUGAAAGAAUCUUGAACAAGCCGGGACUGAAGUACAAGCCUGCAAAUAAUCAGGUUGAAUGUCAUCCAUACCUUACCCAGGAGAAGCUGAUCAAGUACUGUCAAUCCAAAGGGAUUGCUGUGACCGCAUACAGUCCGCUUGGCUCUCCUGACAGGCCAUGGGCGAAGCCAGAGGAUCCUUCCCUUCUGGAUGACCCCAAAAUCAAAGAAAUUGCAGCCAACCACAACAAAACCCCAGCCCAGGUUCUCCUUCGCUUCCAGGUCCAGAGAAACGUCAUUGUGAUUCCCAAGUCUGUCACACCACAGCGCAUUGUGGAGAACUUCAAGGUGUUUGACUUUGAAUUGACUAAAGAGGAGAUGGCAACCCUGCUCAGCUUUAAUAGAAACUGGAGGAUCUGUGCAAUGAGCAUGUCCAAAAAUCACAAGGAAUACCCUUUCCAUGCAAAAUACUAA